AUGGACAACAUCGACGACGAAUAUGAUAGGCUUGUAGAACACCUUCACGACUGUAGGAGGAAUGCGAAGAGUUCGAAAACCACCAAGAGGUGCCUCUCUCCGGAACCUCUAGCAUUGAUUCGUCAGCGUGGAGCUGCACGAGCUGCAGGCAACCAUGAACUCAAAUCCAAGCUCGCUCGAGCAGAGAUGUUCGCUAAAGUUGCUGAGACGGGACAGAGUGUUCGCUACACCCGUUGGAACUUCGCAAAUCGUAAAGCAAAAAUGACUGCUCUCCGGACCCAAAUGGAACAACUACACCAUCUGUUCGACAGCCAGGAAAAUGGGCAUGUCCUGCCAGAGGUCCUCCAUCGCGAAGUCCGACAUGCCAUCAUAUCGGUGAAAAAUCGCACUUCACUCGGUCCCGACAGAAUCAAACCUGAACAUCCGAAGUACUUACCACCAGUCCUCAUCAACACACUUGCGAGGCUCUUCACUCUAAAUCUGUUACCAUGCAAAGUUCAGUGGAAUGGAAAACCAGCCAGACCGUGCAGGGUUUUUAAAAGGGAUUAG